AUGCAGAAUAAUAGUGUCUUUGCACCUGCGAUGAAGUUUAUUUCGAGCACGCUCCAGCGCCAUCUUCAACGCCUUCCCUAUUUACUUACAUAUUCGAACCACUUCAUCCGCAUUAUCAGUGCUACACAUUUCUCCCGAUUGGCCACGGUAUUAAAAACCGAUAUCACCUUUUAUUGUAUGAGCGGAACCCAUGAUGUAUUGUUGGACCAGAGCAGUAAGUUUCUCGACGGCACUGACAAGCAGCGGUUCCUCCUUCUCCUGCGCUGCAUCCUGGACAACCAGUUCGUCGAGAUCCCAGGGCUGGAGGAGGAUGACACCGUUGUCAUCUUCGACGGGCCCUUGUAG